AUGAGGGUACUCACAGUGAUUUUUCUAGUAUUUAUAAUAGCUUCUGCUAUUGUCACUACUAGUGGAGAGUCAGAGAAACCGGUGGAGUGUUUAAAACUGAAGAGCAAUUGUGAUCUCCGAUCGAACUCGUGCUGUCAAGAAAGUGAAAUUGGAAAUAGUAGCUCACUAGUUAAAAAGAUACACUGUGAUUACCUGGGAAAGAGAGUUUGCCUUGAAGCAGAUCAAAUUUAUCGCUACGAUGAUGUAAUCCUGAUAAAGACAUAUAAAGAUGACCCUGAUUUAAAUUUUUACUAUGAUAAAUACGUAAACUUCUUAUUAAAAAUUGAAGAGCGUCUAGUUUUGAAACCUUUUAUGGACAGAAUGUACGCAUCACCGUUUCCGAGAAGAAAUAAUGGAUAUGGCAAGAUGUAA